AUGAGCCGCCAGUUUACCUACUACCCCGGCGGUGAGCGACUGGGCUUCAGCGGCUGCUCAGCGGUCAUCUCGGGCCGGGUCAGCAGCAGUGCGGCGUCCUUCCGGGCCGGCGUCAAGGGAACGGCCGCCUUUGGCAGCAAGAGCCUCUUCAGCCUGGUGGGCAGCCGGCGUAUGUCCAUCAGUGGCCGGGGCUCCAGCUACGGGCUGGGUCAGGGCACGGGCAGCUGUGCCAGCCGCGUGGGCACCGUCUUUGGCAGCAAGGGGCUAGGUUCUGCGUGCCAGUUCAUGUGCCCACCCGGGGGCAUCCCUCAGGUCACGGUCAACAAGAGCCUCUUGGCCCCCCUCAACGUAGAGCUGGACCCUGAAAUGCAGAAAGUGCGGGCCCAGGAGCGGGAACAGAUCAAGGCGCUGAACAACAAGUUUGCCUCCUUCAUCGACAAGGUGCGGUUCCUGGAGCAGCAGAACCAGGUGCUGGAGACCAAGUGGAACCUGCUGCAGCAGCUGGACCUGAACAACUGCAGGAAGACCCUGGAGCCCAUCUACGAGACCUACAUCGUCAACUUGCAAAAGCAGCUGGAGACACAGUUAGGAGACAGGGUGCGGCUGGACUCGGAGCUGAGGACCAUGCAGGACGUGGUGGAGGACUACAAGCAGAGGUACGAGGUGGAGAUUAACAGACGGACAGCCGCUGAGAAUGAAUUUGUGGUGCUCAAAAAGGAUGUGGACGCAGCUUACACCAACAAAGUUGAACUCCAGGCCAAAGUGGACUCCUUGACAAAUGAGAUCAAAUUCUUCAAGUGCCUCUACGAAGGGGUAAGGAUGUCUGGGGAAUAUCCCAAUGCUGUCAGCAUCUCCGUCAUCAGCAGCACCAACGCUGGGGCUGGCGGAGCAGGCUUCAGCCUGGGCUUUGGCGCCUCCAGCAGUUACAGCUACAAAUCCUCCGCCACCGACGUCAAGAUCAAAGGCAGCUGCGGCAGCGAGUUCAAGGACCCCCUUGCCAAAACCUCGGGCAGCAGCUGUGGGGUGAAAAAGGCCACCAGAUGA